AUGUCUCAGCGCAAGGCCACGGCCGCGGAGAUAUCGCUUGUCCAUCUCAAGAACUGCUUGGUCAACCUCCCGGCGUCCCUCGUCUCCCUGCUGGUGAAUGUCAAUACUCCCGUUCAGAAUGUCAUCGUCGAGCUCAGCUACCGAGAUGCAUCCCCAACCGACAAGUCCUCCGCGCCAGCGCCCCAAAAGUCCAUCUACCUCGGAUGGACUGGCAUGCCCAGCAAGAAGAAGAUAGCCUCGAUAGUCGGAAGAGAUGGACUGGGCGGCUCAGGCCUGCGAGAGCAGGACGUUCCCCUCGUCGAACUCGAUCCGACUCUGGCCAACACACUGGGGCUGCACGAAGGCCAGAAGGUCAUGACGACCAUCCAUACGGACCCUCCUCUGGCGCAUACAGUCAACAUCGAGCCCCUCACUCCCGAUGACUGGGAAAUCAUCGAGCUGCAUGCAACAUUUCUGGAGCUCAACCUUCUCUCUCAGAUCCGGGCCCUGCCGAACCCUGCCUAUUCUCCGCCAGCAGGCACACAGUCAAGUCCGCACCCAUUGACCCUCCAUCUGUCGCCCACUUCGACUGCAAAUAUCAGGAUAUUGUCUCUCGAACCAGCUCAAUCUUCCCAGACCCCGUUCUCCAAGAUUGCCCCUGACGCCGAGGUCAUCGUCGCGCCAAAGGUGAGGCCAAAGUCCUCACGCAGCAGCAGGGAGAAUCGGAGUGUCGCGAGCACAUCUCGGAAGAGCGGAAGGAGCUCAACCAGCACAGUGAGACGGAGGAGCCAGCGGGAAGAGCGCAAGCCUGCCCUGUUCCUGCGAGGUGUCGACAGGAGGCUCUGCGAAGACUGGUUUGACGAUGAGGCCGGAGUCGAAGAACUCACCAUCUGGGUCGACCGCGAACUUUUGGUCUCCAACGAGUUCAGAGGGUUGAGAUGGGUUACAGUGUAUCUUAUGAGACCAUCGAGUCUCCAGGAGCCAGCGCCUAUGCAAGGACAACAAUCCCAAGCCCCGGAAGUACCCGAAUUAUCGAGAUCCGGUCUCAGGGUCGUGGCGCAACUCAUGCCCUGGGACGAUCCUCCGAAUGGUCAGACGGCAGCAUUGUCAACAAUUUUAUGCUCUGCCUUUGGAAGUGAGGGUCUGGUUGGAGGGGUCGUCAAAAUUGAGCCCGCUCCUCAGCCUCUUACGAAAAAGUCCAUACUUAAGUCCGUUACCGAGACUGAAGAUCGACCUUCAGUGCAGCAAUUGAAGAUAUAUCCGUUCACCAGUGAUACUGCAGCGCAAGCUCUUGGUCUGAAGUUCGGCGGAGAGACCAAGGCCGAGCGUGAAGAGGCUGCCAAAAGGGUCAAACAUAUAUACGAUGGAAAACGCGGAAAGAGUCUGUUCGAUGGUCCCCUGACAGAUGGACUGAUAUUGACCACCCAUGAUGGAUUGGACUCGCCACCUGGUUGGGAGGGAGCAGUCGUCAAAUUCCACCCCCCGCCCGCCUCCCAAGGCUCAGCGAAGGAACCAUCUCACUGGAUCCUGGGUUCUGACUGGCAACUUCCCCUCGAAUUUCAAGCCCCCAUUCCCCGACCAGCAUGGCUUUCAGAAUCAGACUCAACCGUUGUUCCCCGAAAUGUCGGUCCUUUGGUGGGCAUCGACUCGCUGCUUGAGGAGCUCAAAUCCCACCUUUCCCAAUUAUCUUCAGUCCUCCUCACCGGCGCCCUGGGCUCCGUUCCUGCUAAAGACGAGACUACUUCAACUCAUGACGGCAGUCGACCUACAACUGCUAACGGCAGUGCUACUGGUGAAGAGAACGCUUGGAUGGACGGGGCCAGCCCACCGUCCAGGCAAGAAUCUGCACCAUCGCCAAGUGGAUUUUCCAUUCAACCGGACCUGGAUCUCCUGGACAUCGCAGGAGAGACUGACGGUUAUAUGCCCGGAGACCUGAGCCUGCUAAUUUCACGGGCUCGGAAUGAGGCCAUCAUGCGAUCGCUCACCGAUUCUACUGGUGAUGCUGAGAUCAGCGCCGUGCCCUUGGGUCGAGUCGACUUUGAAAACGCUCUCAAAGGUUUCACACCCGCGUCCCUGCGCAACGUGACGCUGCAGAGUUCAACGACUACGUUUGAAUCCAUCGGUGGUCUAACGGACACACGCCAGGUGCUGUUGGAAACACUGCAAUAUCCAACGAAGUACGCACCGAUUUUCGCACAAUGCCCACUGCGACUUCGCUCCGGUAUCCUCCUAUACGGGUAUCCCGGGUGUGGAAAGACACUUCUGGCCAGCGCUGUGGCUGGGGAAUGUGGCCUGAACUUCAUAAGUGUCAAGGGCCCUGAGAUAUUGAAUAAGUACAUUGGCGCGUCAGAGAAGAGCGUCCGCGACCUCUUUGAACGAGCCCAGGCUGCCAAACCUUGCGUAUUGUUUUUCGACGAGUUCGACUCUAUAGCACCCAAGCGUGGUCACGACUCUACCGGCGUAACGGAUCGGGUGGUCAACCAACUUCUGACGCUGAUGGAUGGCGCGGAAGGUUUAUCGGGCGUCUACGUGCUCGCAGCCACCUCGCGUCCAGAUUUGAUAGAUCCGGCUCUUUUGCGGCCGGGGCGAUUGGAUAAAUCUAUACUAUGCGAUUUCCCCAACCUCGAAGAAAGAGUGGACAUCAUCCGGGCGAUCGGCAAGAAGGCCAAGCUCAGCGAAGCGGUGCUGGAGUCCGACGAGGACCUGGCAGAGAUUGCAAGGCGAACGGACGGGUUUUCUGGUGCGGAUCUGCAGGCCUUGAUCUCGAAUGCGCAACUUGAGGCUAUUCAGGACGUUCUCAAAGACACGGAGACUGUAGGAGGCGCAAACGGCAGCGGCCGACGGCCUGCAAAGCGACAUGGCGCCGGCAAGUCAGCUGGGCCGCUCCCGCACAAUUUCGUGCAAUUCCGUUAUGGCGAAGAUGGCUCUGGCGAGGACAUCGCGCCUCGUGGGUCGAACAGAUCUUCUGAGCUCGCUGAGCAGGCCAUGAUCGCCUCAAAGCUGGAAAGCCUCAAGGUGUCAAGAAAGAGGGCCAAACAGCAAAGAAGCGGGCCCAACGCGAACAACGAGCCUGAUGCGGCUGUUGCUGGUGCGAAGUCUGGGGGUGACGCCCAGGAAAAGGAGGUCAUCAUCCAGUGGAGACACCUAGUCAAGGCUCUCGAUGGUACGAGGACGAGCAUAGGCCGCGAGCAGCGGACAUUGCUUCAAAGGAUCUACAGAGAGUUUGUGGUGGGGCGCAGCGGGGAGAUGAGGGAUGGUCAGGGGAGCAUGGAGGUUGGAGGGCGGAGCAGUCUCAUGUAG